AUGGAGGACAUCCAAAUAGAGCAUCCAAGGCCUAUCCCAAUUUUCUAUUGCUGUUAUCUGCUCCGCUCGACUGUGAGACAUGCCUCUCUCUAUAUCGGGUCCACGCCCAAUCCCGCAAGACGACUGGUUCAGCACAAUGGUGUCGUCAAGGGCGGCGCUCGUCGGACUGCCGCCGAGAAGCUGAGGCCGUGGGAGAUGCUUCUGGUGGUUGAAGGCUUUACGAGCCGGCUCGCAGCUCUGCAGUUUGACUCGGCUCCUGCAGAGGUCAAGCACAGGAGAAAGAGGAAAGCGAAAUCCGGUGAUCCGGAGUCUCUCGAUUCUAACUGCGACUCGGCUAAGACCAAAGACAAGGGGACACCUAAGAAAAGCAAAAGACGUCCUCGUCCCCCGCGAUCCUUGGACACCCAUUUCUCCGAUUUACAUCGCCUGCUGAGGUCAACAUACUUCUCUCACCGGCCUUUAAAGAUACGAUUUUUCUCGGGCGACAUUUAUCAAUCUUGGAAAGCUUGGUAUGAUCGAGUCGAUGUUCGUCUUCGAAGCCCUGUCAAGGUCAUCUUGGACGGGAGUUGUCCUGAGAUCGGCGCACACGCCAGUGGGAAUGACACCAGAUUUGGUGGCGUUGAAAAUGCCAAGAUAACCUAUGCUACAAUCCAAGACUAUAUAGAGAAAGCCAUAUUCCUUCUCGACGAUCCAAAAGAUGUGCGCUGUCAUGUAUGCCAGGGGCAAAUCGUCCCAAAGGAAGAGUUGACAACUGUCUGCCCACAGGCAGAAUGCCACUGUACCUGCCAUCUACUAUGCCUAUCGAGAAAGUUCAUUGAUGCGGCCGAGGAGCCAAACCAAAUCGUUCCAAGGCACGGGAUUUGUCCUGCAUGUGAGGCCACUGUCGAGUGGCCAUUGAUGAUGAAGGAGCUGAGCUUCCGGAGUCGCGCGAAACAAGAGCUGUUGGAAAUUUUGAAACGGAAAAGAAGAGUUGAUCGAAAACAAAGUGUCGUGACUGGCAAGGUUGAAUCGUCGAGUCGAAGAUCCGUAUCAGUCGAUUUAGAUGACCGUUUCGGUCAGGAUGCCGAAGAUGAAUUUCUUCUGGAUGAAGACUGGUGGGACGGAUUGGCAUCAGAGUCAGACUCAGACGCGGAUCGUCGGUUAAAGACCCUUUCGAAAGCUGCCCCGAAACUAGAAACUGUUAUCGAGGACAGCGAGUGCGACGACGCUGAAAUCUUGUGA